AUGCCACGUAGCGAAAAAAAAUCCAAAAAAGAUACAAACGCUUAUAUCCAUUUUUCAAAAGAAUUUUAUCGAGGAAGAGAUACCAAUAGCACCACAAAGGCAGCCGAUUUGUGGAACAAUAUGCCGCAGGAUCAAAAAUUUCAAUGGUAUAAGUUACAAAAUUUAAGAAAAUUAAUGAAUAUAAUUAAAAAAAAUAAAAAAUUACUCAACAAAUCGAGUUAUGAAUUGAUCGUAUCAACGCUCAAUUCACCCGACUCUCCAUUUAUCAUCGAAACCGAGUCGUUGAUGGCAGGGUUAGCAAUGGAGAUGUUAGCUAUGAAAAAAAACGGGGACAUACCUAAUGAUGACGAUGAUGACUACGAAAAAAUCCUUGAAGAAUUUAUACAUUUAGAUAGGUGUUCGUAA